AUGGAUGAAUACAUUGUAGACGAUAGAAUCAAUGAAUAAGACCGAAAUUACCUAUUAUCCCAAGUGGAUUCAAUACACUCUCUCUAUAUCACAAGAGAACAUAUUUAAUCGAUUAAAUCGCAACUGCAUUCUGAAGACUACAUCUCUAUUCAUAUUGCUCUAUAAAGAUUACUACGACUCAUCUUUUUGGAAUUCCACAUAGAGACCUUCCCCCUUGAUUUGGAUGAGGCUGGGAAUCAGUAUCACUUCACCUAAUUCAUCAUUCAAAAUAAUAUCAUUUAGCCCCUAAUACAUUUAAUAUAAGUUCAAUAUUCAAUUCAAAGCACUAUAGACUCGACUCAAAUCCUCAUAUGCUUACUUUGUGGAACAUCUCAAUAAGUGGAACUGAUCUUACAAUAAGGUCUGAUUUCCAGCCUCUCCCUUAUGCUGUAAUCAAACAUCGAUUUAAUUGCAUUUACCGGACUUGUGGCAGUGUUAUAGGCUGCUAAAAUAAGGCAUUCCAAGCCUUUCUGUAAAUAGUUCCUCAACAAUUAAUGUGAACAGUUUAUCUUCAAGAGAUACGCAAAAGAACCAGAGUUCUGUUUAAAAACCCUCUACUCAUUGUGUACCAAAAAGCCUUCAAUGAAAUUCGAACUCAUAAAAUCUAGUUUACUGUUUAUUAUCGAUAAAAUUCACUAAGAAAAUAAGAUUGGAAUCAUAACCAAAUGCAUCUGCAUAGUCACUGGAAAAUGGAUACCCUUGCCUCCAUUGAAAGAAAACCACCUCAAACGAAUCCAAUUACUCUUAGACCUUGAUAUCAUUGCAAGAUUUGUAUAACUAAUGAAAAAACACGAAUCAGAAUAUGAAUUAUUAUAAGUCAUUUUAACAAAUUUGAUAUUUGUUUUAUCAGGAACUGAUCAGUAAUUCUAAUUUGUUUUGAAACAAGGAAUAAUGAGGUAGGUCUAAAAAUUGCUAGAUUGUAAGGAUAAUGCCACUUUUCAUAGAUGUCUUGCCUUCCUGGUUUAGAUUAGCAAUAAAUCACUUGGAGUGUCCUUUCUUUUUGAAUAGAAAACUAUUGUAUCAAUUGUAAUUCGAGUGUACAGUGUCGAACAAAAGGAAUUUGCUCUAUUGAAGAUAGUCUCAAUAUUCGAAAACUUGGUACUUCUAGGAGACAUCGACUAAGUGCAAAGUUUAAUUGAUUAAUAGUUGAUCAGGAUAAUCAUUAAAAAUCUGAAGUUGAAUUUGAAUUAGGACAACGUAUAGGUCAAUUGUAAGACUGUUGAAUUAUUGCAAUCCAUAUUCACCAAAGUCAGAAAUACGAACAAGGAGAAAUACGAGAAAUGGAAGGAAGAGUUCAUCAAAUCUGAAGGCAUUCAGGCUUUGAGAUCGCUGACUUCACAAACAGAACAAAUAUUUUCUUUAAAUGAAUUUUUAAAUACUUGA